AUGCGCCUCCCAUCCGUUAUCGCCGCCGGGCUCCUCGCUCUCGCGAACCUCGCCGCCGCCGCGACGACCGUGACGCUCCACCUCCCCGGCACGCCCGCGCCCCUGACGCUCUCGCCGCGCACGCACGCCACGCUGACGGCGCUCGGCCGGCGCUUCUCGGCGCCCGUGUCCGACGCGCACACGUUUGUCUUUCGCAACGUCACCGCGGGCUCGUACCUCGUCGACGUCCACUGCCCGACCGACGGCUUCGCGCCGCUGCGCAUCGACGUGGGCGAUGACGAAACGGUGCAGGCGUGGGAGACGUUUCGCGGCAACGACUGGGCGAAUAAAGGCGAGGCGCUGGCGCUGCGCAGGGGCAGCGACGGCUCGGCGGGCUUCGAGGUGCGCUCGCUGGGCCGCAAGGGCUACUUCAUGGAGCGUCCCAAAUUCUCGAUUAUGAGCAUCCUGAUGAAUCCCAUGAUUCUGAUGGGUCUGGUGUCCAUGGUCAUCUUUAUCGGCAUGCCCAAGCUUGUCGAGAACAUGGACCCCGAAACCCGCGCCGAGUGGGAAGCCUCGCAAAAGGAAAACCCCAUGAACUCGAUCCUGGGUAGCGCAGGCGGCGGCCAGCAGCCGGCCAACCCGCUGGGCAACUUUGACAUGGCCGCAUACCUCGCCGGCUCGAAUAAGAAGGAGAGCGGUGGUAGUAGCCCAGCGGCAUCAGCGUCGACCGGCACGGAGAGCAAAGCCAAGAACCAGGGCGUGCGACGAUAG